AAUCCCGAUCCAUCGCCAGACGUGAGUCGUGAAGCAGCAAGGAUAUCACCAACGAUCAUUCGUCAAGCUUGGACGGAUACGCGGCAUGCGGGAUCUCACUACCGAGCAGGGGAAGAGGAUGAGGGCAUCCUUGUCCAUAUACGUAGGCAUCGGAUAAUCCAGUCUUACAAUGGAGUACUUUUGUCAGCGCUCGGGCUUGGGAUUCACCGAGCAGCGUAUCAACAACGUGCGCAACACAAGAAUCAUUCGUCAGACACGGAGAUGGGCGUCACUUCAGCCCUGCAAGGCUAGGCGCUAAUGCAGGAAUGAAGCCCUGCUCAUCAAGCCAUGCGUUCGAGAGCAGAGCCCCAAGUCAUUGUACAUGUAGCCAGCAUCGCCAGAAGGGCUAAAAGCCUCCGUCGUCUCGAUUCUCGCAGCGAAGCAUCUGGCAGUGCAGAACUCAACCUGAGUUCAACCCUCUGUUAUCCUCUUUGCCCAAAGCAAACGCCAGAAGCAGUGGCAGUGGAAACGCAACUCAUCGUUCCGGACGGAAGUAAAGCAAAGGCAAAAGCAAACAUGCAUGCCAACCAACACCGCUCCGCCUGCGAGACCUGUCGUCGACACAAACUACGCUGCGUCCGCCCUGAACCCUCCGCGCCAGCAUGCCAUCGAUGCAUGAGACUUGAGCUACCCUGCACCACCGGCUCCACGCGACGCAUCGGCCGACCAACACGCGCCGCCAUCGUACGCUCACGCUCGCCAGGCCCUCUGCCACUGUGGAUGUCGAAUGGCUUCGACUGGUUGGGCAACGAUUGUGUCAUUGACACUCCGACCAUUACGUUCAUCAACGUACCCUCCGGCCCUCGAAUGCCCGACACCGCCCUCCAAACCAGCACGCUCACCAAACCAGAGAACGCCUUUGCUUCAUUGACCACUCUGAAUUCGCGCCUACGUGCGGUAAAUGAGUCGCUUGGUCCCUCCAGCCCGUUGGAGGAUUAUGUCUACGGGAUCAUUUAUACGUUCGAUGGGCGCACACAAAAUGCCAUACAGACCAUGCUGUCGUCCCUACAGGCGUUCAUCCAGAUCAUACGGGUCCUUGCGAAACAGUCCAUGCUGAACUCGUUUCUCCCGCCAGAGUACGAGCAGAAUCACACAAACCCCGCAACGCUGUUCCUGGUUGCAUCCUGUCUUUCGCAGCUCCUCCUGUACUUUGAACGGACCUACACCGCGCUCAAUACGCGUCUCGAUGACUUCAUGGUCCCAAUGCCACCGCCAUCUGAUGAGACAUCCUUUGCGCACGUCCCCGUGCAGAACUUUGCGUCGCAGUGUGCCAUGUUCAACGGGUUGUCAAGGAACUUGCUCAAGCAAAUGCUGGUCGACCUCGGCAUACCCGGGCCAGGCACGUCGCUGACGGGCUCAUUCAGACCGGGGUUGUGCGACACGGAUGACCGCCUCAAGGACAUGGUCAAUGCCGAGCUCGGUCAUGUGGAGGGCGAUUGGUCCGUCCGACCACGGUUGGUGCUGGAGUUGUUGGAUUUGGCUGACGAACUCGUGCUCACGCGGGCUAUGGAGGAUGGGUGGCAGUGACAUACACGGGUCUCAGCCUCUCUGCGGAGCUACCCAGCUCGGAGCUGGUGUGAGAUGUCUGAAGAUAAAUAUUGAUGUUAGCACGAUCUUUGAUGGGUACGUGAAUAAGAUAGCAGAACGAGUUGCCGCAUUUUAGGUCCUCUUCGUCUGACUUGUCGCCGCCCUGUGAAAAGAAUGAAGCUUUCAGGGGUACAUAAGCACCCUGAGAGCGAAGAAGGGCUGCGUAUUCGGUUGAGACGUCGAAAAGGGCGGCUGGAAAUUUGUCGAUACUUCCAAAGCCUUUUGACACAAGGUCUCUCUGGUAGGCUAGCACAGACCGAGAACUUCGAACUUGUUUGGUGACCCGUAUCAUUCGGGAGGACCAUCUGACGUGAAAAUGUCUUGUAGAAUCCUAGAUAGGGGGCGAGACUACGUGUCUCUCCUUGAGUAGACGAUGAGGGGACGAGGAAAGCUGGACUUACAG